GUGACUGGGGGAGUUGACGUGACGUGAUGUGAAGCAGCAGCAACUGCAAAACAAAAUUCUGUUUUGGCUUGUUCAAUAACUUCAGGGAUCGUCUUACCUUUUAAGUUGUGUUUGUAAGUAAGUGUUUAACUUUAUUGCACUUUCCUUAUAACAUAAGCUAUCUUAACGGAAUUGUAGGAUUCAGACUGCACAACACCGUGCAACUUUUAAAUAUUUCUACAAGCAAGAAUUUAUUGAAAACAUGAGGGGGUGUUCGUCGUAUGGAGACCGAGAUAGAGACCGUGGACGAGACAAAGGAAUGCUGUUUGAUGUAUCUUGCUGAAUGUCUACUGCCCAAGUUUGAGAAGAACUUCUACAACGAGCACCCAGAGCUCCAGCGCAUGACUCAGUAUGACAUAGAUGAGUUCCGCAGGAAGAAGGAGAUCACAGUCAGCGGUACUGGCUGCCCCAGGGCCAUGACCAGCUUCCACCAAGCACAGUUUCCCCAGUAUGUAAUGGAUGUGCUACUGAGUCAGGACUUCAAGGAGCCCACAUCUAUCCAGUCACAGGGCUUCCCUCUGGCCCUGAGUGGCAGGGACAUGGUGGGCAUCGCUCAGACUGGCUCCGGCAAGACCCUGGCAUAUCUGCUUCCUGCCAUUGUGCACAUCAACCAUCAGCCCUAUCUAGAGAGGGGAGACGGAUCUAUUUGCCUGGUCUUGGCCCCGACCAGAGAGUUGGCCCAGCAGGUGCAGCAGGUGGCUCAUGAUUAUGGAAAGACCUCCCGCAUCAAGAGUACCUGUGUCUAUGGAGGAGCACCCAAGGGACCGCAGAUACGUGACCUGGAGAGAGGUACAGAGAUCUGCAUCGCCACCCCGGGGCGUCUCAUAGACUUCCUGGAGGCAGGGAAGACCAACCUGCUGCGCUGCACCUACCUGGUGCUGGACGAGGCUGACCGCAUGCUGGACAUGGGCUUCGAACCACAGAUACGCAAGAUCGUGGACCAGAUCCGGCCGGACCGGCAGACUCUGAUGUGGAGGGGGGGGGGGUUUAGCGGUUCUGCUCCUGUCCGACGUUGCUGGUGUAUGCGAAGGGUGAGGGGGAAACGGGGGGCUAGUUUGGGCCCCCUCAUCUCUCCCUCCCCCCCAGCGCCUCCAAGCGAACCAGGGCUGAUCAGGACAGGACAGGGGGUGACUGACUACCCUUGUAAAACAACUCUAAAGGGGUCCUCCUCUCCCUCCUCUCUCAUCUCUCCCUCCUCACCCAUCACCUUCCUCUCCCACCUCUCAAAACCACUUUCCCACAAAGACGUGGAGGAUAUCAAGUUUGUCAUCAACUAUGACUACCCCAACUUGUCUGAGGACUACGUGCACAGGAUCGGCCGUACAGCCCGCAGCACCAACAAGGGCACGGCCUACACCGUCUUCACCCUGGGUAACCUACGCCAGGCCAGGGACCUGGUCCGAGUCCUGGAGGAGGCCCGGCAGGCCAUCAAUCCCAAACUGCUGCAGCUGGUUAACUCUGGACAUGGGGGAGGAGGUGGUGAGACUGGCUUGAUUCACACUAUAGGGUCAACCCGAACCAUACUAUGCUGGCUCAAUUGAGGAUUGGUUGUUAUUUCUAGACCCCAGUUUUUAAUUCUAUUCUAUCACCUUUACCAUCUCACAUCCAAACAUAAACUACACGUUUUGUGUAACCAGUGAUGUUUGACAUUCUUAAACUAAAAUAUUUCAGCUUAUAUUAUGACAUUCUAAUCCUCCUAUGUGAAUGUUCUUCUCCAGGUGGCAGGAUGCGUUACCGUGGCGGCGGGGGCUGCUAAUGGGGCCCCUAGGGGUAGUAGUGGUAGGGGCCAGAAUCAGUCCAGUCAGCCCCAGGGUGUGUUGGGUCCAGCUCCUCCACCUGCAGCAGGGCCCAAGCCCCUCAUGGCCCAGCUGAUGGCCCCGCCACAGCCCCCUCUCAUGAGCUUCAUAGGGCAGCCUCCGUACCCCUUUGCUCCUCCCCCCCCCCCCCCCACCCAGGAAGUAGAGUUACUAUACAGUCAUGGUGCUUGAAAUCCGAAUCACCAUGUUCUUCAAACCCUAGAGUUCAUCAGUGUGUAACUGUAACGUUACUCCUCUGAAAGGGUGUUUAGAGUUGCCGUCCUGCCCUUACCUACCAUGGUAAGAAGGCAUAAGUCAAGAGAUUUGAGGAGGUAAGGGCUAACAUAUAGCUACAUACUUUUGUACUUGUUUGUUUUGCGAUGAUUUUAACUACAUCUGAAAUAUAUAGUACUCAUGCAUGAUACACUUCUCGCUUUUCAUGUGUUCAAGAGUAGUCCGUGCGUGGCCAGAAAAUGAUAUUCUGUGAAUCUGAAGCUGUGACUCUUUGGUAUUAAUUGGCACGACAGGAGUUGAUAUUUCCAUUUGCGAUUUACUCUAAAUGGUGAGGUUCUAGUCCUUUAGUGAGUAACAAAUGCUAAAAUGUGAUAUUGUUUUGUUGCCAUGUAGAACUCCAGUGAUUUUGUCAGUCAGCUAUGCUUUCUACUUCUCUUUUGGGGAAGUGAAUGUUGCAUUAUAUCGUUCUCUUUUAUCCUAUAACUUUUUCUAUAAACUACAUAAGCUGUAUGGCUAUACCAUUUUCUUCAGAUUCAGAUUAAAACUAUAUCAGGAGAAUUUGGGAAUGAUAAUCACAGACACGUGUCAUAAUCCCAUAAGUCAGCACAUUGAGUGUUGCGUUGUGAAUGUUUAAUCAACAUUUUAUUGGAGAGGUAAUUCAUACUUAUGUUCUUUUUCUACAUUGCUUUAUUUCACAGGAUUUCAAUAAAGUUUUUGAAACCAAAA